ACACUCUGAUGGGGGUUUUCAAAGGAUUCCAGGGAAGCAGCAUCCUCACUGGAAAGUAAGAAAUUGUUGAAGUUUGGAUAAGAAACCCAGCGGAAGGGAUAAGCAGAGAGUGCAGCCUCAGUUGUGCUGUUUUGGGGUGAGCUGGGGCCGGGGAGAGGCAGAUCAUCCCCUGCUCCCUUCCAGGCAGAGCUGUGGCACCACUGCCACUGGGUCCCUUAUCUCCCCCCACAAGUCUUCUCGUUAUCUGCUCCAUUUCCCCUGCUGUGGAUGUGGCUUUUGUCUUAUCUCCACGUGCUUUUCCUCCAUUUCCUCGUUGGCUUCUCCGCUAACUCUCGUCACAAAAGGAAAAAAAUAACAUGGAGGAGAUCCUGCUGCAGCGAGUCCGUCCCUGGGCUUGGGGAUGCUGGGAAAUACGAGGGGAUGUUUGCCCAUGUUGGGAGGGUGCUGUGCCAGUGAUGCUCAGGUGGGUCUUGGGGCUUGCUCGGGUGAUUACAGGAUGUUCAGGUGAUGCUGGGGGGUACUGGGUAAAGGUCCUGUGAUGCCCUUGGCACUCUAGUGAUGCUCGUGUGUCUCGGUGGGAUGCUUAGGAGAUGCUGGGCAGUGCUGGGGAGAUGCUGGGUGAUGCCAGGAGAUACUGGGAGAAUACUUGGAAUGCUCCAGGAUGCAGGACUAUGGUGGGACAGCCUGCCAGCUCCACCUGCUGGCAUUCACCACCUGUCACUGUGGACCAGACCCACCACACAGCAGCCCCAAAUCAGAAGACAUCAUAAGGGAGAGGAUGAACUGCUGCCUUGGGGAAGAAACCUCAAAUUACUUUAAAAGGAAGGCCAGCUCACCUCUCCUGUCGGGACACCUGCAGCAAGGUAUAAAUGGCCUCAAAACGGUGCUUGGACUCUGUGGACCCCGUGAUUUUCAACAAGCGACCUCGGCUGGAGUCACAGGCCACCACCAGCUUUCCGUCCAGCAAAAUCCAGAGCAAAUCCAGCCCUGUGCCCAACCCUGGUUCUGAAAACCAUUUCAACUACAGGGGCUCCUACUUCACCUGCCCACUGCAGAGCUCCAAGGGUCCUGAGCUGCCCCUGGCCCGCUGGAGCCCAGCGCCCACCUACCUACACUACGGCCCUGGUGCCAUGAGCCAGCCAGCGCCUGCCGAGGGGCCUCUGGUGGGCUUUGUGCUGUACCCAUCCGAGAGCCUGGGCACCCAGAAGGGCAAGGACAGCCUGGUGCAGGAGCAGCUGAUGGCUAGGAAGAAGUUGGACAGCCCAAGGUGCCCCUUACCGGUGAAGAAGCCGGUGGCAGUGAACAAGGCGGCUCCACUGGUCCCUAAGCCCGUGUAUGGAGCCCCUGCCUGCUUCCUGGCCCCCAGGAUGGCUCUGCCGCUGGGAACACGAGUGGAGAGCCUGCAGCAGACACCAAGGGAGGCAAACUGGGCUCUGCCCCCUGCCACCCACCCUCUCCACCUCGGCGAGCCCCACAGGAGGGGUCCCUGCUCUGACCCCAGCAUCCCACCGCUGCCCUCCAGCCUGGUGCUGCCCGCCAAGGAGCAGUUGGGCUCCCCCGUUGCCUUACCCCACUACUAUGUCACCUUUGAUAAAUACAGGCCCCCCCCAAGCACCCCGGUCUUGGAAGCAAGCUGUCCCGCUGCCCACAGCCAGAAUAAGGUGCCGGAGGUCCCCAGCCUCAUCCCGGACUCCUGUCCCAAGCUCCAGCUGCCUGAUGCUGGCCUGACAAACCCGGAGAGGCCAGCAAUGUGCUACCCACCCCCCCCCUACCCACUGUCUCCUCACAGAGCUGCUCCCCUCUAUCACCCUCCGGCUCCCACUGCGGGGGAGGCCAGUGCCUUGCCCGGCUCCAGCUUUGUGGAAAGCAGGAAGCCCUUUCCUGGCUCUUACCUCAAACCCCAAGCCCCAGGGAGCUACUUUCCCAGCCCCUUGGACCCCUACGUGCCGAGGACAGCGGGUGCUGGUCCCUCCAAGCCGGUGGUGGUGCUGAGGGAUGCUGAGCUGCCAAGGGAUGCUGAGCUGCCGGGGUACCCUGGUUUUACCUUCAACUCUGGCGAUGAAUCCGUGUUCCACACCUCCUUUGCCACCCCGGAGCCAGGAUGUGAGCAGCACGAGGCGGAAGGUCCGCGGUGGCGAGCGGCAUCAAGGCACAGCAGCGCUUUCCAACCUGUCUGCACCCCAGAGAAGCUCUCCAGGGGCCCCAGUGGGCUCACGGAGACAUUUCCCAAAAGAGAAGGGAGCUGGGAGAAACCCAGGCAAGGGGAGCAGGAGCCCCCAUACCUGGGGAGGAGGAACACCAGCCCAGCCCCACAGGACACCCCAUGUGGGGGAACAGGGGCUCCUGUCAUCACAGGGAAAGGAAAUGACUGCAAGGUCAAGGAUCCGACCAAGGAGCUUGGCCCCCCUUCUUCAUCCAUGACCCCCACAAAGGGGCUGGAAGACCCGAGGGACACCAAAGUCUUUUCUUCCUCUCCACCAAUGCCAGUGAUCCACAAUGUCUUCAGCCUGGCACCUUACCAGGACUACCUGGAGAGGGCCAAGGGCUCAGCCCAUGUCCUCUUCGGCGGGGACCAUCUGUGGGGGGACUCCCCACCUCAAAACAUCAGCCCCAGCCAGGAGCCUGCUUCCCUCAGAGAUACCUUGGUGGUGUCCAGCCUGAGAUCAGACACCAGUGUGGUGCAGAGCCAAGGGGAAAGACGUCACAAGAGGGCCCCCAAAAAGCCAAAACCUGUGUCCCAGGAGCUGGGGUCUCAGGAGGGCAGCCCCGAUGGGGUGGGCACUGGGGAGCUGCUCAGUGAGGAUAUGGUGCUGGACCUCAGCUUGAAGAAGAGACCGGUGGAAGCCAUGGAUACCCAGGGACUCACUGGCUGUGUGGAGGGGACGCUGGACCAGGAGGAUGUGGAGGAGGGGGAGGAGAAAGAGGCUACCGGGGGCAAGGUGGGAAUGGGAGAGGGGGCCCAGCCCCAGCUGCUUGAGGUGGGCUCUGGGGACAGGAGCAACUUCCAGAGCUCAGCCACCUUCAUGUUCAAAAAAUACAAGCUCCUGCACUCCCUCACGCCCAGCACAGAGCCCCCCCAGCAGGACGGCAGCCCCCGUGCCCCCCAGCCCAGCCCACCCAGCAGCACCCCCACACCGAACCCACCAGCCUCGUCACCAUCCACCAGCCCCCCGGUCCCACCACCUGGCCCCCAGCCCAGCACCAUCUCAGGCCCAAACCCUCCCCAGCCUCCACUUCCUGAAGCCCCCUUCACCCCGGGGGAGGAGGGGAUCUCACUGGCCAGGAAGUUUGUCAGUCCCCCCCCGGACACCCCCUCCGGGCAGUACUUUGCCACCCUGCACACCUGGCUCUGUGACACCAUUUCGGGGUCAGUGUCACGGUCAUCCCCAGAGCUCCUGCAGCAGUGGCUGAAGAAGGCAGAGCUGGCAGAAGAGCUGGGAGAGAUGCCCAAGUCCAAGAACAACUCCAAGGUUCCCACUCCUCAGAAGCCCAUGAAAGGCAAGGAGAUCUGGCUGGCUUUCCAGGACGUGGCCACGCUCCUCGCCAACCUGCUCUCCCAGCUGGAGACCUUCAUGUUCGCUUGCCCUUUCCCCCACGUUGUCCGGGCAGGAGCCAUCUUCAUCCCCAUCCACGUGGUGAAGGAGAAACUCUUCCCGAAGCUCCCUGGGACCUCCGUUGACCUAGUGCUGCAGAAGCACAAGGUGGAGCUGCGUCCCACCACGCUCUCAGAGGAGAGGCACCUGAGGGACCUGGAGCUGAAGAGCUGCACCUCCCGCAUGCUGAAGCUCCUGGCGCUCAAGCAGCUCCCUGAGAUCUACCCAGACCUGCUCAACCUCCACUGGCACAAUGCCAUCCGGCAGCAGCUCGGUUUGAGGUCGCAAGCUAGCCAGCAUCCUUCCAAGUAGGUAGCCCUGGCUCAGACGCUGAAAGCUGAUGGCAAAGCAACAGCCAUGGAUAGAUGAGAGAAAAGGAGGCACUAAGGAACAACAGCUAAAUGAGAAUGGGAACAGGAAGGUCCCUCGCUCCCAGAGCCGUGGAUAUUAAGAUCACCAGCAGCUCUACAGGGAGAUGCUCAGUUCCCACCAGCAUCAGGGGACCUUCCAAGGACAGUUCUCAGGAUGGAGAACAGCUUAGUGAUGCAGGGAUGCUGGCGUGGUGUCUGGACCCACGGGGAAGGGCUCGAACCCCUUGUGGCAGCUGGAGCUACUUUUCUUUGAACACAUCAUCUCUUAGUGCAUCUCCCACCUCCAUCCAUGACUGACUUGGUGAGCUGGGAGGAAUUGGCUGGAGUUCCAAUGGAUCUGGCUGGAGUUCCAGUGGAUCUGGAGCAAGAGGAGCAUGGAAAUGGUCCUAGCACCAUCCCCAGCCUUGGAAAAAGGCUGGCUACUGCAAGGACGACAUCCCACCUACCUCCUCUAAAUCCCCUCUCCUGCUUUAUCCAUGCCAUGCCCAAGAAAUGUACCUUCCUUCUGGUUUUUCAUCUUUAAAGUGCUACAGAGACCUUACACAGCAUCAGCACAAGGGAAUUGUGACUUCUGUAGUCCUGGGACUAAUUUUUUUUGUUUUAAAUGAAGACAUUUUACAAAUGUUCUGGAUUUACCUUUAUAAGGAGCUGCUGCCUUCAGGUCAUGUGUUUUGGGUGGUUUUUUUCUUUAAAUACAGUAAUUUAUACUUGUCUUUUUAUUUCAGCUAAAAGGCUACAAGAAAGAUUUAAAGACUCCUAAAGAAAAACCAAACUAACUUUACAUCCCAGAUGCUCUUCCAGUGGAGAACACGGGGGAUGCACAUUUAGUGAUCACUUUAAUGGAGAUGUGGUGAUCACAGGAGCAGAGAGGGGAGCCCUGCUGCCAGGCCUUGGAAGCAGGGAUCCUUUCCAUCCCAGAGGGUUGAUGGGCAUCCCAGAACAUACAAACAUCCCCUCCUCCUGGGGUGCUGCAGCAGGGUGCACAGCAGAGGCCUUACCAACUCAUCGCUCAGGUGUUUCUCCAGCUACUGCAGGGCAUGGAGAAACAAAACAAGGGUUCUUAGGAUUUUUUUAUUUCACUACAGGGAAUAUUUAUUUUGAACUAAGAAAAAAACCUACCCAAACUGUACUUAGCCAAAAGGUGUGUUUGCUGUUGGGGGAUUUCUGUGUGUGCCUUUGUGGUUUUCCAUUGGGAUGGGCUUGCUGUGGAUGGGACAGGGAAAGGGGGAUGCUGCUGUUCUCCUCACUCUCCCUUGCCACGCCGUGGCUGUGCAUAGUGAUUGGGAAAGCAGCAUUUGUUAAUAACGUUGUCAUUUUUAUACCUUGUUAUUCUGGGGAAGAAAGUUCCUUCCCCUUAUUUAAUUUUUUUGUAAGAAUGUUAAUUCUAAGAGGUUCUUCACCUGGUUAAAAGA